AAAAAUAGCAGUUAUGUCGAGCACAAACGCAAACACAGCCGACGUCAGCGUCGUGUCGGACUCGAAACCCCCCGAGAUAAUGCAGGCAGUUAAUGAAAUAAAGCCUGAACUGUCGAAGAAAAAACUACAUGGUCGUGAAUUCUAUGAGAGCAUAGGUUGUCCAAAAAUGAUCGUUGCGCCCAUGGUGGAUAGAUCUGAAUUUGCAUGGCGAAUGCUCACUCGUUCGUUCACGGGGGAGGAAAGCUCCCCUCCCAUCCUUGCCUACUCACCUAUGUUCCACGCUCGGUUCUUCAACGAGGCACCUGCUUACCGCACACAACACUUUGAACCCAUUCGUCAGACCAAGGCCGGUACUGAUGAAGCGACAGCAGAGGCAUACCUCGAUGGGAAUCCGAAGUAUGACAGGCCGUUCAUCGUUCAAUUUUGUGCCAACAAUCCAGAUGAAUUACUCAAAGCUGCACGCCAUGUUGAAGAGCACUGCGAUGCGGUUGACCUGAACCUUGGGUGUCCCCAGGGUAUCGCGAAGAAAGGCCACUACGGUGCAUUUCUGCAGGAGGACCCAGACCUGAUAUACAAACUUAUUAACAAGUUACAUACUGAACUCUCGAUACCUGUGACAGCCAAGUUUCGAAUUCUUGAAACAAAGGAGAAAACGCUCGAGUAUGCUCGUAUGAUAAUUUCCGCUGGCGCGAGCAUUCUAUCCGUGCAUGGCAGGAGGAGGGAGCAGAAAGGUCAUAAUACUGGCGUGGCGAAUUGGGAAUAUAUUCGAUACCUGCGAGAUAAUUUGCCGCCUGAAACUGUGAUCUUCGCGAACGGGAAUAUUUUGAAUCAUGAUGAUCUUAGUCGGUGCUUGGAGGCUACGGGGGCAGACGGCGUAAUGAGUGCUGAAGGCAAUCUUUCGGAUCCUACUAUCUUCUCGACACCUCCGGCUCUAGGGGAGGAAGGGAGGAUGUAUUGGCGUGGUCGUGACGGAAGAGGAGGAUUCAGACUUGACUUUGUGCUCCGGCGGUACAUGGAUAUCAUUUAUAAAUAUGUUCUCGAGCAGGAACCUCCGCAGAGAGCACCGCUCUAUCAUCCAGAUGACGAGCCUAGGGCGGGAUCAAACGGUGAGACUCGUGCCGAUGAAGCUGUUGAGGACGAAAGUGAACAGCCGCCUAGGAAGAAACAGAAGCAAGGGAAACGUGUGAAGAGAACUCCUUCAACCAAUUUAUCUUCCAUGCAGGGCCAUUUAUUCCAACUCCUUCGACACCUCGUCUCGCACCGAACAGAUAUCCGCGAUGCUCUUGCACGAUGUCAUGGAGGAGACAUGCCUAAUUUCGAAAAAGUAGUCGAACUAGUCGACCAGGCUGUGAAGCAAGGCAUGCAGGAAUAUGAGCAAAACCCGAAUUGGAAACACGUUGCUCCCGCCUCAAAACCUGGAGUGGUCAAAUCAGAUGAAUCGAAGGCUACGAUGGAGAAGUAUCAGAGGCCCUGGUGGGUGUGUCAGCCAUUCAUACGACCGCUACCUGAAGAAGCGCUGCAGAUUGGAUCAUUGCAGUUGAAGAAGAAGGAUAAGCUUGCUGAAGAAGCACAGCUUGUUAACAACAAGGUCAAUACUGUUACGGAGGACCAAGUAAAUGGAAAUGGAAAUGGAACACCCAUUAAUAGUCUCGAGCCUGCUAAUGGCAAUAGAGAGAGGAGUAGUGUUACCAUCACUCCUGAUCCGUUGGUCAGUGGUUAG